GUUGGCAGAAGCGCAUUGUCCUCUGAUUGGUCCGUUUCGCCGCGCGUGGUUUCCUGCGCAUGCGCAGAGCGUUCGAAAAAUAUGGCGUCCUCCAGUGAGAGCUCCGAGAAGAGCCAAAGUUUCCUGAGAAAGCGACGUGGAGAUGCGCUUGUCUCAGACAGUCUUUCACACGACAGCUGCAGCGAGACAGUGCAAGACGAAGACUCGAGCAAAUGUGAGAAGAAAGUGGGCGUAUCGUUACAAACCGGGACCUACUGGCUCACGCGCAUCGUGCUGCUGCGAGCCAUUGCUUUCAUCUACUUUGUGGCUUUCUCUGUCGCAUACAAUCAGAACAAACAGCUCAUUGGAGACAAAGGGCUCAUGCCUUGCAAGGACUACUUGAGGAGCGUCAAGCGUUAUGUGGGUGGCAAGAUUGGCUUUGCGGCCCUGGCGUACACUCCUUCAGUCCUCUGGUUUAUGGACUGGAAUGACAUGGAUGCCAACCUGGAUGGUAUUGCUCUGGCAGGAAUGGCUCUGUCAGGGUUUGUUUUAAUCAUGGGAUGUGCCAAUAUGAUCAUUAUGGGAGUACUUUGGAUCCUGUAUCACUCUAUUGUGAAUGUCGGACAGAUUUGGUACUCCUUUGGUUGGGAAAGCCAGCUUCUGGAAAGUGGUUUCUUGGGGAUCUUCUUGUGUCCUCUGUGGAGUCUGUCCUCGAUGCCUCGCCGCUGUCCGCCGUCGCUCAUCUCCAUCUGGACCUUUCGCUGGCUCAUCGUUCGCAUCAUGCUGGGUGCGGGUUUGAUCAAGAUCAGAGGUGACCGCUGUUGGAGGGAGCUCACCUGCAUGGACUUCCAUUACGAGACCCAGCCGGUGCCCAACCCCAUGUCCUACUACAUGCAUCGCUCGCCGUGGUGGUUCCACCGCUUCGAGACUCUCAGCAAUCACUUCAUCGAGCUGGUGGUGCCCUUCUUCACCUUCAUGGGCCGGCGGAUGUGCAUGCUGAACGGAGUCCUGCAGAUUCUCUUCCAGGUUGUUCUGAUCAUUAGUGGGAAUCUGAGUUUUCUGAACUGGUUGACGAUUGUUCCUAGUCUGGCUUGUUUCGAUGACGCUGCUUUGGCGUUUCUGUUCGGCCGCUCUGGACGAGCCAGACAGACUUUACUGCAGAUUCAGACAGAAGAGGCUUCAGGACUCAAACCUGCGUCCUCCAAAGGGAUGUUGAUCAGGCGUGUGCUGAAUGUGUCUCUGGGGAUUCUGAUCGUGUAUCUGAGCGUCCCGGUGGUGAUGAACCUGCUGAGCUCCAGACAGAUGAUGAACACCUCGUUCGACCCCCUGCGGAUCGUCAACACGUACGGAGCCUUUGGCAGCGUCACUAAGGAGCGGACGGAGGUGGUGUUUCAGGGCACGCUGAGCGGCGAUCACACCGGAGACCAGGUCAUUUGGGAGGAGUAUGAGUUCCUGUGUAAACCUGGAGCUCUGGAGCGCAGGCCGUGCCUCAUCUCGCCGUAUCACUACAGGCUGGACUGGCUCAUGUGGUUCGCUGCGUUUCAGACGUAUGAGCAGAACGAGUGGGUUAUUCACAUCGCCGGCAGACUGCUGGCUAACGACUCCACAGUCCUUUCCCUAAUGGGACACAACCCGUUCCAGAACAGAGAGAAACCGCGGUGGAUACGAGGAGAGCAUUUCCGCUAUAAGUUCACGCGUCCGGGCAGCAGCGGUGCAGCUCAAGGGAGGUGGUGGGUUCGGAAACGCAUCGGCCCGUACUUCCCUCCGGUCAACCUGGACACUCUGAGGAGCUACUUCCAGUCCAGGAACUGGCCUCUGCCCGGAUCCGACUGAGCCUCGGCCACAGACAGCCAGUUACACGCUGAAGUGUGUCCUAUCUGAGCUUGACAAAACUGUGCCAAAGACGAUCUGUUACAGAAGA